AUGAACGCCUUGCAGACUUACCCUGGCCAGCAGUGGUCUUCCAUCCUUUUCAAACUCUCCGAGUUCAGAGUUGAAUUAUGGCUAGGCCUUACCCUCGUGGUGUACGUCAUCGUCUCAUACCUGGGUCGCCGAGCCAAUACGUGUGAGUAAUGGUGACUUUCGCGGCUCACCAACCAGAAGGGCUCCGAAUGGAUUGAAGAGGCAUUGAUGAUGCACCCCCUUCCUCUUUCCUCUUCACAUCAAUCUAGAUGUGGCGCGAAACGUCAUGCUGGCUGUUGCACCAGCGCUGCGAGAGGAAUUUGCUGGCGUGGGCUUCAAUGACCAUCUCUUCGUCCUCGAUGGCGGGGAUUCGGUCAAAUCCUAUGCGACGGGGCGUCGCGCCUUCGAUCGGGCAUGGAUACAGGUCAAACUGCCUUCGAGGCAAGACCCACUGGUUUACCUCAACCACCUGCGGGCAAUUUUCGAUCAGUCGUCAGUUUCUGAAGUCGCGGAGCCAUGGUUUGCCGUGCUAAAAGCUUGAACACUGCUCGCUCAGUUACCAACCAAAGACGGACCGCUUCACACUUGAAUGCGAACUAUCGGAACCAUCCGGAUCUUUUUGUUUUGCGAUUUUGGACCGAAGGGUUCUCCGGACCACUCGCGAGCGCUGGGACAUGGUGAGGACUGCUAGAUCAGAACGGCGGCUGUAGCGGGUCAGGGGGACUGAUUUACACUCUGUUUUUUUCAGCUUACUUUCACCUGUGUCUCCGAACACACUAAUGUGGACCCUUCUUUGAUCGUCUUGACGGAAUCAGGCGACAUUAACUCUGCGCUGCUACGUAAUCCCGCAAAUAAUAUCUUGGGCGACUUCUUCGCGCCAGGUUCUCAGUCCCUGCAGUGUUUCGAGUCCCUUGUUAUAACGGACAGUGGAGGGAGUGCACCUGGCGAUAUGUAAGUUCCAAUAAUCUCGGCGCCAUUCCAAAACAUCCGCCACGGGAGUUGAAUCACCAUGUUGGUGCCUUGCUCAUAGCGCAUUCCGACUCCCUGACAAGAAUCUCCGAAUCGAGCUAGCUCUGCGGCUUCCUCCAACCUCUCACCUUCAAGAACUUGCUCCGUGGGUCAAUCUUGUAUGCGACUUAGGGGACUUAUUACAUUCUAAGCAGAAUCUGGUCCCAAAGAUGGCGGUUACCAAGGGGGCAAGUCACCAUCUUCCUAAAGGCCUAUGGGCGGUGGCUGUUUAA